GACCGUCUCCUUCCCACAAUUCGAGGGAAAGACGAGAUCUUGCACAAGAUAUCCUGUGUCUGCCUUCCGCAAGGGAAGCCUGACAUGGAGCCUCUCUGGCUGCUUAUCCUGCUGGCCGUCACAGAGCUGUCCCGGGCCCACAACACCACCGUAUUCCAGGGCCUGGUGGGCCGGUCCCUGCAGGUGUCCUGCCCCUACAACUCCCUGAAGCACUGGGGGAGACGCAAAGCCUGGUGCCGCGAGCUAGAUGAGGAGGGCACGUGCCAGCGAGUUGUCAGCACCCACCGCUCGUGGCUGCUGUCUUUCCUAAAGAGGCGGAACGGGAGCACGGCCAUCAUGGAUGAUGCCCUUGGGGGCACACUCACCAUUACGCUGAGGAAUCUUCAAGCCCACGAUGCUGGCCUCUACCAGUGCCAGAGUCUCUACGGUGAAGAGGCCGACACCCUCAGGAGGGUCCUGGUGGAGGUGCUGGCCGACCCCCUUGAUCACCUGGACCCUGGAAGUCUCUGGAUCCCUGAGGAGACCAAGAGUUUCGAGGAUGCCCAGGUGGAGCUCGGCAUGUCCAGGAGUCUCUCAGAAGAGGAUAUCCCCUUCCCACCCACGUCCAUCCUUUUGCUCCUGGCCUGCAUCUUUCUGGGCAAGGUUUUAGCAGCCAGCGCCCUCUGGGCUGCAGCCUGGCAUGGGUGGAAACUGGGGACGCCCCGGGCCAGUGGGCUGGACUGUAGCCAUGACUCGGGUUACCAACUCCAGACCCUAACAGGGCGGAGAGACACGUGAGAGAAGAAGACGCAGGGGAAGAGAGGCCCCGGGAGAGGUCUUCUGGGGCCACCCCAACCUGCACACCUGCGCCUCGGUCACUGAGACUCCUGGUUCUGCUUUGGCGAAAGGCCACCCUGCCCACACCCUGCUUCCCCUGGUGCCUGGAAAUGCGCACGCGCGCGUGUGUGUGUGUGUGUGUGUGUGUGUGCAGGCGCACCUGGAAAGUGGGAUGGACAUUCACCAACUUACAGACAGUCGUUAUUAAACACUUUCACAAGUAAA